UUUAGCUGCAGAUAAAAGUCCAGUGUCGUUCCAGUCGUCAGUUCAGCUUCAGUCACACGUACAGAAAACCAGAAACAUGAAGUUGUACCUGCUGCUGCUGCUGCUGCUGCCGCUGUUCUCAGCUCAACAGUUUUCCAUCGAUUGUUAUGGUGAGGACUUUCUGAUGGUGAACAACCAGCUGCUUCAGUGCUCCAGCGCAGACCAACAGGCCUGUUACACCAGAGAUAACGGUGAGAAAGGCUGCACUCGGCUGGAAAACUGCUCGAGAAAAGGUUGGACCUGCUGCCACAGCAACCGCUGCAACGCCUGACCAAUCACAGCCCGGGAAAACUGCACAUCAUUGAAAGCACAUAAUGUGAAAUAAAGCUGUGAGGGAGAUGUCCCAGAAUGCCGA